GUAUGGCGGGGUAUCCUUGAAGAUUGUGACGACAUGGGCUGGCACUCAUACCAAGUUUCCAGACCGCGCCUUCCCUGACAUUGGCUUGCAUCUUGACGGUCUUCAAACCUCGGCCCAUCCGGACAACGGUCGAGCUAUCACGAAAUGGUGCUUCUUAAACGGCCCUACUCCGCUUAAUUACCCCGUCUCUACCCCCUCGAGCAGCAUCGGAGUGGAGUAUGGAGAGUAAGCAUGUAAGUGCCCGAUCGAUCGGGCCUCUCUCAACCCUUGUCUUCCCCGCAACUCCGCCGUUCUCCUGGACGGGCUGGGGCUGGUCCUGGGAGUGUAAGAAGGAUUAAUAACUCCAACGUGCCACCUCUGGUCCCGACCCGUUUCUUGCUCCUAUCGUCACCCCAUCCAUCGCCCCUGCGCGUCAUGGUAACUAUGUGGUCUAUCUUCAGAACAGCCUGGCUAUACGCCGGACUGGUUGCUGCUUCUGACUUGGCCACCCGAGACUACCCCAGCGACGGACCUCUUUCGAAAUGCCCUGGGUACAAAGCUUCCAAUGUCAAGACCAGCUCCACGGGACUGACGGCAGAUCUCACUCUUGCCGGCCCCGCUUGUAAUGCUUAUGGAGACGACUUACGGGAUCUCAAGCUAGAAGUCAGCUUUGACACUGAAAGUCGCCUGCAUGUCAAGAUUCAGGAUGCUGCCAAUGACGUAGACCAAAUACCCGAGUCCGUCUUCCCACGACCCCAUGCAAAGGGAGUCAACCCGAGUGAUUCGGACUUGAAGGUUGACUAUGAGGAGAACCCAUUCUCCUUCACCGUCUCCCGUGCAAAGGGUGGCGAGGUCCUAUUUGACACCUCGGCUGCGAGUCUCGUCUUUGAGUCCCAAUACCUCCGCCUCCGCACGAAGCUCCCCAAGAACCCAAACCUGUAUGGUCUCGGGGAGCACACGGACCCAUUCCGCCUAAACACGACCGACUAUAUCCGGACUCUGUGGUCCCAGGACGCGUACGGCGUUCCCGAGGGGGCCAACCUCUACGGCAACCACCCGGUCUACUUUGAGCACCGCACCACCGGCACCCAUGGCGUCUUCUUCCUCAACUCGAACGGCAUGGAUAUCUUCAUCAAUGAGACCGCCGAGAGCGGGCAGUACCUUGAGUACAAUGCCCUCGGCGGAGUCCUGGACUUCUAUUUCGUUGCUGGGCCGUCGCCGAUCGAGGUGUCAAGGCAGUAUGCUGAAAUCGUCGGUCUUCCCGCGAUGAUGCCGUAUUGGGGCUUUGGUUUUCAGAAUUGCAGAUAUGGCUACCAGGAUGCCUAUGAGGUGGCCGAGGUCGUCCAUAAUUACAGCCAGGCCAACAUCCCGCUAGAAGUCAUGUAUACGGACAUUGACUAUAUGGAUUUACGACGAGUUUUCUCCCUGGACCCCGACCGAUUCCCCCUCCACAUGAUGCAGGGACUUAUCCGCCAUUUGCACGAAAACGAUCAGAAAUACAUCGUCAUGGUCGACCCAGCAGUCGCCUAUCAGCCGUAUCCCCCUUUUUCACGAGGCGUCGAUGAUAACAUUUUCCUCCUGAGGGGCAACGGUUCCAUCUGGAGAGGGGUGGUAUGGGCAGGAGUGUCCGCCUUCCCCGACUGGUUCUCGGCAAACAUCUCCAGGUACUGGGAGAACGAGUUCGCCGUCUUCUUUGAUUCUGAAACCGGCGUCGACAUCGACGCUUUGUGGAUUGACAUGAACGAACCAUCCAACUUCCCCUGCGAUUUCCCCUGUGACGACCCGGAUACGGCAGCUAUUGGAUUUCCGCCCGAGCCCCCGGCGGUCCGAUCGCCUCCUCGUCCCCUUCCCGGGUGGCCCUGUGAGUUCCAGCCCCCUGGAACGGAUUGCAAGCGCAGCGUGAGUCCCAGGGAGGCUGCCGUUCCGGCCAAGCGUGAGCUCUCCUUUGAUCACCUGAUCGUUGCGGGGCGCCAGGCCCCUGGUCAGCAACUUGGCCUCCCGAACCGCGACCUUCUUUACCCCAAAUAUGCCAUCCACAACAAAGCAGCCUAUAAAGAUUCCUGGAACUCAGACCACGGUGGCAUCUCGAACCACACUGUCAACACUGACUUAAUCCACCAGAACGGCCUUGCCAUGUACUCAACACAUAACCUUUACGGGACCAUGAUGUCCGCCCAGUCCCGAGAGGCCAUGAUCGCGCGCCGACCGGGCCUGCGGCCGAUGAUCGUCACGCGGUCAACCUUCGCUGGCGCCGGCACCAAGGUCUCACAUUGGCUUGGAGAUAAUAAAUCUGAAUGGGUGCAGUACAGGUUCAGCAUCCGCACCAUGCUGGCCUUUGCGAGCAUCUACCAAGUCCCGAUGGUUGGGUCCGAUGUGUGCGGCUAUGCGGACAACACCACCGAGCAGCUGUGUGCGCGGUGGACCACGCUGGGCGCCUUCAACACCUUCUAUCGCAAUCAUAACAACUUCCCUCCCAAUAUCCCGCAGGAGCUCUACCGCUGGGAUUCGGUGGCCGAGGCGGCCCGCAAGAUCAUUGAGAUUAGGUACCGAUUACUCGACUACAUUUACACGGCCCUUCACCAGCAAACCGUCGACGGGACCCCGAUACUCAACCCCAUGUUCUACUUGUACCCAGCCGACGAACAGACUUUCGCCCUGGAGCACCAGUUCUUCUACGGCAACGCCCUCCUAGUGGCGCCCGUGACCGAGGAGGACGCCACCUCAGUCGACGUCUACCUGCCCGACGACACCUUCUAUGACUGGUACACGGGCAAGCAGAUCAUCGGCAACGGCAGCGCCAUCACGGUCACGGACCAAGGGCUGUCCGACAUCCCGCUGUACGUGCGCGGCGGCACCGUCAUCCCGCUGCGGGAGAAGGCGGGCAUGACGACGACAGAAGUCAGGCAGCACGAUUUUGAGCUGCUGGUCGCGGUCGGCGCCGACGGGACCGCCGAGGGGCAGCUGUACCUCGACGACGGCGUUAGUCUCAAGCAGGAGGGCUAUACGCUCGUCACAUUCUCGUACGCCAAGGGAAUGCUGAGCGCGCGUGGUCAUUUUGGGUACGGCACCGGGCUAAAGAUCUCCAGGGUCACUAUCCUCGGCUUCGGGGGCAUCCCUAGCUGCGGGAAGAAGCGGCAUGUCGGCGCGGUCAGGGUCAGGGGGACUGGUGCGGCGGUCGAGAGGGACGAAGGCAACGGCGCUGUCAGCUUUGCGAUUGACAAGCCGCUGACGGGCGAGUUUGAGGUCCAGCUGGAGCGUGCUUGAGGACGGUCUUAAGUGGGGAUGGUGGUACAUGGUCAUAUAAAGCAAGUGGCAAGGGGCCAAUCUGCCCACCUCCACCUGAUCUAUUUGAUCUA